AGUCGUGAGUCUUGACCCCGCGACGGUGGAUCUACCUUAGUGGGACACCAUCUUCUAACACAUCUUCAGAUUCUUCCCCGUCAUUUCCCUCCUUCCUCCUAUUAAAAUCCCAUCAUCAUUUCUCUCAAAUCACCUCACUCUCUCUUUCUCUCUCCUCCACCAUUUCCACCUCCUUCCAUCAACAACUAUGGCAUCCUCCGAUCCCACUUCCGACCCAACCUCUGACCCCACCACAACUCCAGAAAACGGCACAACCCCAAUCAAAGUUGCCUUAAUCACCGGAAUCACAGGCCAAGACGGGUCCUACCUCACCGAAUUCCUCCUCUCAAAGGGCUAUUCCGUCCAUGGCUUAAUCAGACGGUCCUCAAACUUCAACACACAAAGAAUCAACCACAUCUACAUCGACCCACACAACGCCCAUAAAGCCCGUAUGAAGCUCCACUACGCCGAUCUCACCGACGCCUCCUCUCUCCGCCGUUGGAUCGACAUUAUCUCUCCUGAUGAAGUCUACAACCUGGCCGCACAAUCCCAUGUCGCUGUUUCCUUUGAGAUCCCUGAUUACACGGCGGAUGUUGUUGCCACGGGUUCACUGCGGUUGCUUGAGGCUGUUAGAUCUCAUAUUAAUGAAACUGGUCGGACCCAUGUUAAGUAUUAUCAGGCUGGGUCGUCGGAGAUGUUUGGAUCUACGCCACCGCCCCAGGCUGAGGAUACCCCGUUUCAUCCCAGGUCGCCGUAUGCUGUUGCUAAGUGUGCUGCUCAUUGGUACACUGUCAAUUACCGCGAAGCUUAUGGCAUAUUUGCUUGCAACGGCAUAUUAUUCAACCACGAAUCACCAAGAAGGGGAGAGAAUUUUGUGACCCGUAAGAUCACCCGUGCUGUUGGCAGGAUCAAGAUCGGGCUUCAGAGCAAGCUUUUCUUGGGUAAUUUGCAAGCAUCAAGGGAUUGGGGAUUCGCUGGAGACUAUGUAGAAGCAAUGUGGUUGAUGCUUCAACAGGAAAAGCCUGAUGACUAUGUGGUUGCCACGGAGGAGUCCCACAGCGUUGAGGAGUUUCUGGAAGCUGCAUUUGGGUACGUAGAAUUGAACUGGCGGGAUCACGUGGUAAUCGACAAGAGGUACUUUAGGCCAACUGAGGUCGACAAUCUGAAGGGCGAUGCCAGCAAGGCAAAGAAAGUACUAGGGUGGAAGCCUAAGGUGGGGUUCAAGCAACUGGUAAAAAUGAUGGUUGAUGAAGAUGUAGAAAUGGCUAAGAGGGAAAAGGUGCUUGUGGACGCCGGUUAUAUGGAUGCUCAGCAACAACCAUGAUGGAGUGAGUAUAUGGUGGUACCAUCUGAUCCUAAAAUAUUUAAAUUAAUCUUGUGCGAUUUAGUAUACAGAUCAAAUCAUAGUUUACUCUCAUAAGUUAUUGAUUUUGUUUCAAAAAGUCCAGUAUUUGUUUCCUUAUUUAGUGGGGCUACUUAAAGAUCCCAUGAUGUUUCCACCCAUUGAACGUCGGUGGGAUACUUGUCAAUUGUCAUUCAUUUUUUGAUUAAUCAACACGAUUUACGCUUCAAUGUCUUUUAAUUUUCUGGACAAGGGGUUGCGGUUGUAACCUGUAACUUGUAGCUUGUAAGUACACAGCUGUUCCAUUCCUGAUCCAGGAAUCUCUUCCUGUAGAUCAUAAAAACUUGCAGCUGUUGUUAAUUUUCAAUGAUCUGAGAUUCAUUAUAAUUACUAUAGAGAUCUUUUUUUUUUGA